CAAUGACCAUAGUUGACAAAGCUUCUGAAUCUUCAGACCCUCCGACCUAUCAGAGCCAGCCCGGCAGCUCUGAAGCGGCCUCACCUGGAGACAUGGAUGCAGGCUCCGCCAGCUGGGCUGCUGUGUCUUCGUUAAACGAUGUCUCGAACCACACACGUUCUUUAGGACCAGUACCUGGUGCUGCAGUUUAUUCGAAUUCAUCCGUACCUGAUAAAGCAAAACCAUCGCCACAAAAGGACCAAGUCCUAGGUGACGGCAUUGCUCCUCCACAGAAAGUUCUCUUCCCGUCUGACAAGAUUUGUCUCAAGUGGCAACAGACCCAUAGAGUUGGAGCCGGCCUCCAGAACUUGGGCAACACCUGUUUUGCCAACGCAGCAUUGCAGUGCCUAACCUACACGCCACCUCUCGCCAAUUACAUGCUGUCACACGAACACUCCAAGACAUGUCAUGCAGAAGGAUUCUGUAUGAUGUGCACAAUGCAAGCGCACAUCACCCAGGCACUCAGCAACCCUGGGGACGUUAUCAAACCGAUGUUCGUCAUCAACGAGAUGCGGCGGAUAGCUAGGCACUUCCGUUUUGGAAACCAAGAAGAUGCCCAUGAAUUCCUUCAGUACACUGUUGAUGCUAUGCAAAAAGCAUGCUUGAAUGGCAGCAAUAAAUUAGACAGACACACCCAGGCGACCACCCUGGUUUGUCAGAUAUUCGGAGGCUACCUGAGGUCUCGAGUCAAAUGUUUAAAUUGCAAAGGCGUUUCGGAUACUUUUGAUCCCUAUCUCGACAUAACAUUGGAGAUCAAGGCUGCUCAGAGUGUCAACAAGGCGCUGGAGCAGUUCGUGAAACCAGAGCAGCUGGAUGGAGAGAACUCCUACAAGUGCAACAAGUGUAAGAAGAUGGUUCCAGCAUCAAAGCGGUUCACCAUACACAGAUCAUCCAAUGUUCUCACGCUGUCUCUGAAACGCUUUGCAAAUUUUACUGGUGGGAAAAUUGCCAAGGAGGUGAAAUACCCUGAGUAUCUUGAUAUCCGACCGUACAUGUCGCAACCAAACGGAGAACCGAUUAUCUACGUCCUGUACGCAGUCCUGGUGCACACCGGCUUCAACUGCCACGCUGGCCACUACUUCUGCUACAUAAAAGCUAGCAAUGGCCUCUGGUACCAAAUGAACGACUCCAUCGUCUCCACCAGUGACAUUAGAUCGGUUCUCAGUCAACAAGCUUACGUUCUCUUUUAUAUCAGGUCCCACGAUGUGAAAAAUGGAGGGGAGCUCACUCACUCCACCCACAGCCCGGGCCAGUCGUCCCCCCGGCCGGUCAACAGUCAGCGGGUGGUCAGCAAUAAGCAGGCCGCGGCAGGGUUCAUUGGCCCGCAGCUCCCUUCCCACGUGAUUAAGAACCCGCCUCACUUGAACGGCACGGGGCCCCUGAAAGAAAUGCCAAGCAGUUCCCUGUCGAGCCCUAAUGGCAACCCCAGUGUGAGCAGGGCUGGUCCUGUGAAUGCUUCCACUUCCGUUCAGAACUGGCCGGGCAACAGAGCCUCGGUGGUACCAGAGCACCCCAAGAAACAGAAAAUCACCAUCAGUAUCCACAACAAGCUGCCCACUCGCCAAGGUCAGCCUCAACCCAGCCUCCAUAACAGCUCUUUGGAGACCCCUUCCAAGCCCACCCCUUCCUCCACCGUCACCACCUCUUCCCCAGCACAGUCUACCUCGCACGCCUCUCCAGUGUCAGCCUCCAGUAAAGGCCCCGCACAGCUCAGCCCCGGCGAGCCUUGUCCUCAGCCCGUGGUGAAUGGCAAGGCCAAGCUCAACGCCAGCGUCCUGGUCCCCUAUGGCGCCGAGUCGUCCGAAGAGUCUGAUGAGGAGUCCAAGGGCCUCAGCAAGGAAAACGGUCUGGGCCCGGCCGAGAGCGCACGGCCUUCUGCUAGGGACGCCGAGGAUGAUGCGGCCACACAGCAUGGACUUCCGGUGACCCUUGCCCUCAACGGUGCUAGCAGUGCGGACAGCAACCCGAAAGAAAAUGGCCUGCCUUUUGACGGUGCCGGCUGCCUCACCCUGCCCGCUCCGCUCUCAGACAACCCCUUUCCUAAGGCCAAUGGUCUCCCCACAAAGUUGAUGCCUGCGCUUCUGCCUCCCCUCCUGGAAGAUAACGUCCUAGAGACCUUCAAGCUCGGCCACCCAGUGAGAGGCUCCACGGAGGAGACGAGUGCGGCGGGCGUGGAGAAGAGCCCCACUGAGGUUCCUGAUGGUGACGAUGCCGAGGUGGCCAGCAGCAGCCCUCUGGGCCCCACUGAGACCCCAGAGGCAGCUCCGUGUCUCGGGAGCAAGUCCCAGAAAUUGCCACCCAUAAACUCGGAGCCCAGCUUCCAGUCCACCAAAGUCGCCACCCCUGCGAUGCCACCGGAGCCUGUGCCGAGCACUGAGAGCCCCUUAGAGGACGGCCUGCACACUCAACCCUGUGACCCCGGGGACGUACCCGUGGAUCAGGUGAAAGCACCCCAAGACACAAGCGGGACAUCACUAGAGAGUUCUCAGGGCCCAGCGUUGGCAGACACUGCGGCCGAGGGGACACCAGCUCCUUCUCUGAGCCUUGAUCACGAACGUGAGCAUAAACUUGUGGUUUUCAUCAGUCGCGAGAAAUGCCGGGACCUGGAGGACCUCGCUAGCAGCUCUGGUGGGCCCCCCCGAGAACUGCCUUCCCUCCGGUUAGAUCCACUCCCUGAACACCCCUCGGAGGGUGCCCCUGCACCAGGCACUGGUGUGCGGGGAGAUGAGAACCAGGCUGGCCAGAGAGCCGCAGCCCGUUCUCCGGCCAAGGAGAAAAUGGGCAGCCUCCGGAAAGUGGACCGGGGCCACUACCGGAACCACCGAGACCGCUCCUCCAGCGGUGAGUAUGCCAGGGAGGGCAGGAGCAAGACGGAGGAGCGCGCCCCCAAGCUGCAGCGGCUCUCCCACACCCAUGAGCGGCCCCGGCAGGACCGGCAGAAGGCUGAGCACUGCGGCGGGAGCCAGCAGUACCCAGCUCACAACGAGCGCCACUCCCUGGGCCGGCAUGGCCACCCGCCCCCACGACUCCGGAGCGGCUCAGAGCAAGAGUGGGGUCGGUACCACCACUCGGAGAGUGAGCACUGCUGGGGCCGGGAUAAGUCCUACCCAGAGAAAGCCCGGUGGGAGAAGUGUCGCUACUACCACGACCGGCACAGUCUGUCCUCGGCCCAUGAUGGCCGGGAACGGAAGGCCUUCCGAAGCGAGCGGGAGCACGGCCGCAUGGCAGCCUACAGCAGCCGGCCCUGUGAGGACUACUAUCGGGGCCGCAAGGGCCACAGGCUGCCGGACAAGGACAAGGACCGGCACCCCUUUGGCAGCCCCUGGGCAGGCCCACCCCACAUGCUCCCACUCUACCCUGAGAAAGGCCCACUUGGCACAGAGGAGCUCGGCUGCCCGCUGCCCGUCCGCUUCCAGGAGCACAGCAAGUCUCGGAAGCGGCGGUAUGGCAGUGUGGAGCUGGGUGGCAGCCACGCCGAGAGGAGAGACCGCAGGAGCCUGCCCAAGGAGCCCCUGGAGGAGCCGAAGGUGAAGAAGCACAGGAAGUCCAAGAAGAAGAAGAAAUCCAAAGACAAACACCGCGAUCGGGACUCCAGGCACCAGCAGGACUCAGACUUCUCGGCCGCGGGCUCCGACGCCGACCUCCACAGACACAAGAAGAAGAAGAAGAAAAAGAAGAGGCACUCACGGAAGUCAGAGGACUUUGUUAGGGAGUCUGAACCCCACCUGCCCAAGGUCCCCACCUCUGAGACUGCGGACUCUGUGCGGAGGGCCCAGGGCAGCUGCCCGCUCCCUGCCAGCCUGCCUCUGGAGGGCCUGGGACCCAGCCGAGAGAAGACGAGACACCUGCGGGUGGAAGGCCGGGAUGACAAGGGUCGUCUCUCUGAGUGCGGCCAGGGUGAUUGAAAACUCUGGCCUAAAAAUAAUUCGAUAGUUAUGAUUCAACGUGUUCAACAGAAGCCAUCCCCAACCCAGCUUAAAUUAUAAACAUAGAAAAUAACCUUGUUCAAAUCUGCGUGGUGCUUCUUUAGUAAAUACUGUACAGGUUUUACCAUGAACUUUUUUUUCAGUUUUUACGUUUUCUUAAUUGCCCCGAUCCCAAAUGGAUGAACACUUUCUACGACUGCUGACCAUUGUAAAUGCCGUGUAUGUGAAUCACCUUGAAGCUAAUGCCCUGGACUAGAACAUCUCAAAUGCUGCUUACUUACAGACUCAGGUUGACUCCUCGUCGUUCAUGUCUCGUUCCUCCCAGCUGGACACCUGGUCCAUGCCCAGCCAGGCCACCGUGGGAUCAUCACAGAACCGCCGCUGGCAGUGGGCGUCUUGACGUUAGAAGACCUAUCUGAGAGAAGCACAGCUCUCGGCCAGACCGUUGAGAGCCGUCUGUGCUCUGUCAUGUCCAAUACCAGAACCAAUUUGCUCCCUAUUUUAGUUGUAUUCAAGAUUUGAAGAUGUAUUUUAUAGACAAGUUCUGUUUUUGAACUUUGUGGAACUAUUCCAAUCAAUUUACCAGUUAUGAUGAGUAUUUACAUUAUGAAUGUAUAACCCAGACGUUAUUUGUAAAGCCCACAGUAUGUUUUUAUUACUGAACCCUUUUUGAUACAGUGUCUCUUGUCUCGACUCUAUGGUACAGGCGGCCGAGGCUUCCACUUGGUCCCUUCACGUUCCUAGUUACAGACAAAUCCAUACUGUGAUUUUAUUUUUAAUAUGGAUAUGCUAUCCAACUGUGAUACACUUAUAAUCCACUGGUCCUGCAUCAGGAGAUGGCGUGGGGAAAACUGUAUGUGAUACAGUUCGUUAUCUGAAUAAUCUCUAUGGUUUAUACCGUUUGCGUUGUUCAGAGAUGUCUCAAGUUUGAUCUUUGUUUUUUUAAAGAUUAAAAAGCACUUGCCCCACUGUAAAUAUACAGCAUGUAAAAUUUAUAUAGUAUAUAAAUGGCAGCAAAUUAAA